CGCGACUUAUAUAGUAGUUGAGUAAGAACCAGGUGUACACAGUGGUGAGCAAGAUGGCGGCUUUGUACAUCGUUGGGGUGCUCGCAGUCCUUGGAUUAGUCCAGGGAGGAUUUGACUCUGAUGUCGUGAAUAUCGAAAGCCUUCGUAAUGGAGGUGAAAGGAUCGUAGGUGGGUGGGAGGCGGAGGACGGCCAGUUUCCGUACACCGUCAGCAUCCGUAUGGUGGGUGCCACCGGCGGCGUGGGUGCGUGCACCGGCUCCGUGCUCAACAACCAGUGGAUCCUCACUGCCGCUCACUGUCUCGCCAGGCGCUUCACGUACGUGGUCCGCGUCGGCCUGACCAACAUCACCCUCCCAGAGUACAUCAUCGACCGGGAGAGAGACUCCGCCGUCAUCCACGAGACCUACAACCACGACACCACAGCUGUGCAGACCCAUGACAUCGGGUUACUUGACCUUGGCAUCUCCAUCCCCUAUAGUGAAACCAUCCAGCCUAUCAGAAUCCAGAGCAGCAAAAGGCAGCAACUGGAAUAUGGUAACCUCCAGCUUAUACUCAGCGGGUACGGCCGUACCGACGACUGGUGGGCAGGUGGUAUCGUCCCCGAGGUUCUGUACUGGGUGUACCAGCGCGGCAUCACGCAGGCGGAGUGCUUCACCUGGUACCCCAACAGCCAGACCAUGGGCCCCUUCACCAUGUGCUCCCAGUACUACAAUAACACCAACCAAAACGCCUGCACUGGUGACAGCGGUGGCCCCCUCACCGUGGUCGAUGUUGACGGACAGGUGACGCAAGUCGGCAUCAUGAGCUUCGGAUCACAGCGCGGCUGUAACACCACUCACCCUCAAGGCUUCGUCCGUCCCGACAUGUACCAGGACUGGAUUGAGAAGCACACCGGCAUUAGCUUCGACUGGGACUCCGAGGAGCUGGAGACCACCUACGGCAAGAAGCUCCAACCUAUUGAGGAUUAUUAAUAAACUUACUACUAAUUAUAGUA